AUGGCGCCGACAAUGGCGAAUAGAGCCGUGUUCGCGACGACGGUCUGCCCGGAGGCGGGGAGAUUCUCGGGCUGCGAUCCGAACAAGAAAGGCUUGGUUAGCAAGACUGCGCUACAACCUAGCUCCUGCACAGCUUGCGGUGGGUGGUCAUUACACUUGCAAUGCCAAUUUCGGCACCAGCUACAAGGUUGGGCCGCCGCAAUGUUGUUUCUCACCUCUUCAGCCGUGAAACGGGACGUCAAGGGCAGCCACAGCGCCAAUAGCGGUGGCAGCAGUGCACUCCUCGACCGCCUCGCCGCCGUCCUCCCCCACGGCUACAAGUUUGGCGUACACCACCUCUCGACGCCACCGACAAAGACCGACCCGCUAUGCUCUGCCCCGCCUGGCGAGCGACCCGAUAAGACGUACAGCGAGAGCCACUUCCUCGCUGUCUCCAUCGACGUCCAAAACCAGCCCUCGUCCCAGUCCAAGUCGAAGCGGUCAUCCCCCGGCGGCGACGAGCUCAAGGAGUCGGGCACAAAAGAGUCCGUACUGGUCUUCGCCAUCGAGAUCUUUAUCUUCACUACUGCCUACCAGACCACCUUCUUCGUAUCCAAAGCCGACUCGACUGGCUACCUCCAGUCGCUCAACCUUGCAAAAGGCACCCCCUCUCCCGUCCGUGAGAUCAGCUCGGCCUUCCUAACAUACCUCAUCGAACAUCGGCGGCGUAAGACGGCGCAGUUGGUCGUCAAUCUCUUCGCCCGCGCCCAGGCGCAAUACCUGUUCCCUGGCAGCGUUGAAAACAAGGGGAAGCACGUCCUUGACGACUGGGGCCUUGUCCGGUGGUGGUGUAGGGUGUUGAACCCUUUGCUGGAGGGCCCGGGGAGGGAGCGCUGGGGGGGCGCAAAGGGGUAUCUCAUUGUUCCCGGGCUAGAAGAGACCGAGAUGCGCGCCUUCAUCCCGCGAACGGCGACGGCGGCGGCCAAUUGGGCCAUAGGCCACCCAAUGGAGAGGAUAUCGCACUACUCUUCCGAGUUCGACUGGGUACCGCUGCGGUGUCUGAUUCCUCGCUAUCCCGAUGACCCGAAAUCGCGAUUCCGUGACGAGCUCGAUGGCGAGUCGUCCAAGUGGAAAGAGGAUAUGGGGUCAUGGAAAAGCGUCAAAACUCUGGACCAGUUUUGGGAAAUGAUGGCUUUCCGACAGGAGUGUUCCAGCGGCCGACUGACCGGGUUCAUCUGGGUUGUGUUUGAUCCCAAGGGGAGCGGUGGGACAGCGCAGGACGUACCAGUAUCGAUAUCUGCGUCUGCAUCUGCGCCUGCACCUCAGAUCGUUACUCCCAACUCUUCGUUCGAUACCUCCGCCCCUUCCCUGCCACCAUCCACUCCACCUCGCCGGCGGGUCGACAUCUUGGCCCGCACGCCGCAGUCGAGCCCGCUCAAAUCCGGAACUUCAACACCCCCAAAGCCCAUCAACCCCCCAGAAAGGAAGAGGAACAAGAAAGUUCUCAGUGGGCGAAUCAUUCCCCGCACACCCAGAGUUAAAACCCAGCAGCGUAGUUACCUCAAUAAUCGUCCCACGACAACCGCCUACUACCACUGGCCGGUUGAGGGCCGUGGCGAUAAAAUAGUGGACGAGUCUGACUUCAAGCGUAUAACCGAGCUACUACUGAACCUUGACUUUUCAACACUUGAUAAAGGUACUCGCGCUACGCAGCGAUGGAUUAGCGAGGCGUCUAUGGGCGCCAGAUGGGGAUACCAAGUGACUGGCAAGCGUAUUCUGUCACAGAGCCUUGCCGGGGACCGCAACGAUAACCAAGUCACGAAUUUGACUGGGCUUGUAAGGAGAAAGAUGGGCACAAACAAUGGCGCAUUGGCAUCGGCAACACCACUCAGUGCGCGCCCCGUCAACUCGGGAGCAGUGAAUGUCCUAGGCGCUGGCCUGGUGCGGAAGAAGAAAAAGGAGGCGGUGGACCAAGAACCUCCACCUCCGUCCGCAACGUAA